CAGAUCCUGAUGACUAUGGCCGAAACGACGUUAGACGAAGAGUAUGUAGUCUAGUUUUAAUUCUACGUGAUUUGUCAGAGAGGUCAAAAAUGUGGUCGGAAAGACAAGGAAGCCAACAUAUGCGGCUGCACGCAACGGUGCAAUCGCAUCAAGUAAAAUGUAGUGUUUUUCCACAUGAACGUUGACCUUUGCAACAUGGCCGCCGCCCAAGCGCUGGCCUAAUAAAGUCUACAUAUCUAUAACAAGAACAUGAAGUGAAGAGGAGCAAGAAGACGGAAAGAAGCGAAGUCACGACACAAUCGAUAUGACGUCCAAUAACUCUAGUAAUGGAAAGAAGGGUACUGUAGAAACAGAUUACAGGGCUGCCGGAUUGAAGGGCGCACAGACCACCACACUCUUCAAAGUUGUCAAUCCCGAACUCUUCAUCAAGCCAAAUAAACCAAUGAUGGCAUUUGGACUGAUUACCAUCACUUUGUGUGUUGGGUAUCUGGGCUACCUACAUGCAAUGAAAGAAAAUGACCAGCAGCUUUACGAGGCCAUUGACAGUGAAGGAGAGAGAGUGAUGAUGAGGAAAGCUUCUAAAUGGGCUUGACAGCAGAUUGUUUUGGUUUUGUAAGAACAAACCAUCCAUCCAUCAAUCUAUCCAUCCAUUUUCUUACCACUUAUUCUCACAAGGCUUGUGGGAGUGCUGGAACCUAUCCCAGCGGUCAACGAGUAGGAGGGAGUACAGCCAGCCAAUCUGAGUGACUGGAGAAAACCCACCCAGGCAUGGAGAGAACAUGCAAACUCCACACUGGCAGGUCCAGGAUUGAACCGGGACCUCAGAAAUGUGAGGCCAACACUCUCCUGCUGAACCACUGUGCCACCCCCUUUAUCGAACCUAGAGUAUGGAAAAGUAUACAGCCCAGCUAAAAAUUUGCUAUAGAACAUUGCCAAAUAAUUGUUAUAGAAACAUUCAACAGAAAUCCUACAGAAAUGCAAUAUAACGUUAGGACCAUAGUUCUAAAGAACUUUAGGACCAAAGUUCUGUAGAACUGUUCUCAAGAACUGAAACAUCGCUUCUACAUUGUAUUCGUAAAUUGCAUUAACGUGACAAUCCCAGAUAUAAUCAACGUUGCCUUAGAACAUAGAAACAACGUUGCCAUGCUACAUGGAAAUUCAGCAAUUAAAACGUUAUAGAUUGAAACCUGUAUUAUGUUGUGUGAAACUAGACUUUUCCUAAUCAAACGACCAAGAAUUACAAUGAGAUUAUUCGGCUCACAGUAAUACAUUUAACAUUUAGAACAAAUAAAUUUUUGCUUAAAUUAUGUUACAAACAAAAUAAAAUAUAAUAUUCCACUACGAACUUUAACUAUGUGUCGCUCAUAUUUACUGUCCAUCUGUUUCUUACCACUGCCACCGCAUCUGUCAGGCGCAUAUUUCAGGCAUGAUGCAACAGCACUCUGUACAUCACUCAGGGUACCCUCGUGGUUUCUCAAGACACCUUAUGAGUUCAAAAUUAAGAGACUGGUUAUUAUUACGUCUGGCAAACACAAAACUAUCAGUUAGGAAUCUAUCAAAUGAAAUAAUUCAUAUUUUGUUUCUAGAAAGAGCAUUUGAAGGACCUCAUUCUUCAGAAAUCUGCAAACAGCACAUAAAAUACUUUCAAUUGUAUUAAUAAAUGCAAUAUCGUUUGAAAGUUAAAACAAGUACAAAAUCACCUGAUUCUCAGCUGUAUAUUACUGGUAAUAUUUUUUUUUAAUUCUGAACAUAAUAUAUAAUAUUCAAUUACCUAUUCAGAACCCCUUUGAUAUUUCCCUUGAGGGUUACCCCUCCAACCUUCAAUAUUUGGAAUUUCUGCAAAUCUUAAAGAGGAUGGCAAAAUUAGGAAUUAGUUUGUUGUUAAAAUUCAACUCAACUUUUUCAGAGUCAAUCAGGUCUUCCGUCACCUUCUGUUCAAGGACAAUGAAUUCGGACAGAGAUUUUAUCUGUACAAUGUCGAUGUCCUCUUCUUGUGCUGCCCGAUGGUCUUGAUGCCUGACGGUGUCCCUUAUCUGCGUGAGCAGCAUCAGCACUUUUUUUUGGAACCCUGAAAUUUUGCUUAAAUGUUACCUGAUACAUUUAAUCAACAGAUAAAGUGUUGUUCAUUUGCUAAUCAGACAAGGAUGGGUUGUGGAGCCGGUGGUUGUCCUUGAAUUUUGUACGCAGAAAAGCGGCUGGUGGCAUCCUCCUCUCCCAGGUGUUGCCGUUGCGAUGAACGACACCAGAUAGGGAGCAGAAAGUUACCAUCCCGGUCCAGGACCAGACUGCGGGGGGCAGCCACUUUUACCAUGGCCCAUAUAUAUAAAAACCUUGUGUUACCGGGCAGGUCUUGUCUUCUUCUUUGGCUAUCCUGCCAGAAGACACAGAUACCUAGAUAAAACCCAGACGUCUGUAUUGCACAUUCCUUUGUCAUAAAUCCAUUUGCUGUUAACUUUUUCUAAUCAUUGGUCAUAUCUUCCUCGACUCGUGAACACGCGUAGGGUCCAAACUCGCAAAUCCCUACAACAUGUAGUAGUAGAGAUUUAAAUGAGACAUGCCAGUUAUGAUUUCCCCAUGCACAACUGGGGAAAAAUAACUUACUGGUCACUUUUACUAUACCCAUCUUAUUCUACUCCAAGGAAGUUGAGCAGGUACCAUAACCACUUGUGUUAGCUGAAAAAAGAACUAUUUUGGAUUAAUCAUAAAUGCUAUCGGCACAAGAAGAAGCUGGCCACGUUUAACUUCGGCCACUCUUACGAGCGAACUGCUCUGUAAUGGAAGAAGAAAGAAAGAAGAAACAGAAUCUAAUGGCGACAAAUGGUGGGAGUGAAAACUCUAAAAUAAAGUUCACAUUAGGUAUUGAUGGAAAAUAUUACAUUUCAUGAACGAAUGUCCUUUACUCUAGCUAGAACCAAUUUUAUAAACUUGAAUAUUUUUUCCUUGGUGGCACUACGAAAAUAUUGUAUAUAUCGUAGGAGUGCUUCCUACGGGAUGCCGUGAUUUUCUUGCC